AUCUCCUCAAAAGUAUCUCUGAACACGGUCAUUGAGCGGAUGUUCCUUUUUUUAUUUUUCCAAACAAUGAACUUCCGGUAUCGGAAGUAGCAUUUGGAAAUCAAAGCGAAUGGCGUAGCUAACUGAAAUUGAAAUUCAGUCUAAUCUACAAUGCAUUUUUAGACAUUUUAACCUUUGCGCUCUAUAAGUCUUGCGAAUAAAGUCGCGGUCAAGGAAUCAUUUUGAUCAAGCUGUCCAGUGUUGACAUUAUUCAUCAACAACUUGCGAUAAUGACACCAGUGGUGGAGUAAGCUAUUUUAACCUCACGAUGAAGUAUUUGGUCCUUGUGGCCUUUUGGGCUCCUUGUUGGGUCAAUUGUGCGAUUAAACCAAGGGCCAUUGAGGAAGAAACACGGGAAAAUGACCCGGAGUUAGAGGCCCUGAGUUCGUUGCUGUCUGACUUUGAGGUGCUACCCGUGUCUGGCCUCCAGCAUCACUCGGUCAGGAAGAGGGACGCCCACACUCAGUCCCACCUGGAGCGCCUGAUCAGCUUCAGCGCCCUCAAGAGACAUUUCAAGCUUUACUUGACAACUAACACAGACUUGUUCACUGAGGACUUCAAAGCUGUGUUUGUAGAUCAGCAAGGGAAGGAGCACCGCUAUGAUGUUCAGCUGCAGAACUACUUUACCGGACAUCUUGUAGGAGAGGAGCACUCCCGUGUGCAGGCACACAUAGAUGGGGACGAGUUCUCGGCCCACAUCCUGACAGAUGAGACGGAGUACAAUGUAGAGCCCCUGUGGAGGUUCACCGAGGCGUCCCCCGAUGGUCGUCUAUUGGUGUACCGGUCAGAGGACAUCAGGAACCUCAGCCGCAUGGCCUCGCCCAAGGUGUGUGGAUACAUCCACGCUGGGGCCCAGGACUUACUGCCAGAGGCCGCUAGAGGUGGAGAGGCACAGGAGGAUUCCCUCCACAGAGCGAAGAGAGCAGCCCACAACCACAAGAAGAACACCUGUCCUCUAGCCCUGGUGGCCGACUACCGCUUCUUCAAACACAUGGGCCGUGGAGAGGAGAGCAUCACACUCAACUACCUUAUUGAGUUGAUUGACAGAGUGGACGACAUGUACAGGAACACAACCUGGGAUGACGAGUUCACAGGAUACGGUGUUCAGAUCCAACAGAUCAUCAUCAACAAGGAGCCGACCAAUGCGCCUCUUGGCCAGGCUGGGCCGGGCUGGACCCACUACAACAUGAAGGGAAGCCCCAUCCAAGGCAAGGAGGUGUGGGAUGUCAAGAAACUGCUGGAGCAAUUCAGCUCGGACAUAGCGGACAAUGCUAGCACUGUGUGCCUGGCCCACCUGUUCACCUACCAGGACUUUGACGAGGGGACAUUGGGCCUGGCCUAUGUGGCCCCCUCUAAAGCCCAGGCUCUGGGGGGCCUCUGCCCCAAACCUUACUAUCCAUCUCACUCUGUCAAGAAACCCAGCUACCUCAACACUGGUUUAACCAGCACCAAGAAUUAUGGCAAAACCAUUCUAACCAAGGAAGCAGAUUUGGUGACAACCCAUGAAUUGGGCCAUAACUUUGGGGCGGAGCACGACCCUGACAACAUCCCCUACUGUGCCCCAAACGAUGACCAUGGGGGCAAGUUUGUCAUGUACCCUAUCGCUGUGAGCGGGGAUCACUACAACAACAAGCGUUUCUCCGACUGCAGUAAGAUCUCCAUAGGUAAGACGCUGCGCUUCAAGGCCCCCAUCUGCUUCAAGGAGAGGAACAGCAAGGUGUGUGGGAAUUCCCGCGUGGAGGAGGGGGAGGAGUGCGACCCGGGCAUGCUGCACCGCAACAACGACCCGUGCUGCUCUGCCGACUGCAAGUUCAGGCCCGAGUCCCAGUGCAGUGACAGGAAUAGUCCGUGCUGUAAGAAAUGCAAGUUUGAGCAGGCAGGGAAGACGUGCCAGGAGCCCAUCAACGCCACCUGUAAGGGCAUGUCCCUCUGCACAGGUGACAGCAGUGAGUGCCCAGCCCCAGACAACGCUCCGGACAAUACCAUCUGUGUGGACAGUGGGAGGUGCAGAAACGGGGAGUGCAUAGCCUUCUGUGAGGCCGUGCAGAAGCUGAAGCCCUGUGCUUGUAAUGAGACAUACGACUCGUGUAAGGUGUGCUGUCGGGACAAAAAUGGUGCCUGCACUCCUUUUGUCAAAAGCGACCGGAGCGUCCUGUACCUGCGCAAGGGGAAACCCUGCACCGUGGGCUUCUGUGAUGAGGCCGGUAGAUGCAUGAAGCAAGUCCAGGAUGUGAUCGAGAGGUUGUGGGAUUUCAUCGACAAGCUGGACAUCAACACAUUCGGGAAGUUCCUAGCAGACAAUAUAGUGGGCUCAGUGGUGGUGUUCUCUCUAGUCUUCUGGAUCCCUCUCAGCAUCCUGGUGCACUGUGUGGAUAAAAAUCUGGACAAGGAGUAUGAGGAGAACACCAAGACCAUGUACUUCCCCAGCCAGAUGGUUGAGGUACCUGUACUUAGUAGAGCUCCACCCUCAGAACGCAGAGAUGCUGAGCAGCCUCGAGUCGGCCUCCGUCCGCAUCGUCAAGCCACCUCCGCCUCCCACCUUCUUCUCCGCCGCUCGGAUCCCACCCCACUCCCUUCCUUCUCUACCCCCAACGGGCCCGUCUGCCUCAGGCAGCAGCAGUACCCCAGUCCCAGGCUCGGCUUCGGGCCCUGGCCCGUCCUCGGGGAGCGUAGUGGUGGUGGGGGAGGGCCCACGGAUGGCCACCAUCCAGGAGGAUCCCAGCUGCGACUCUCACCUCGACCUGGACAAGGACGACUUCCCUCCUCGCGGAGGCUCCAACGCCACCAAGUCUUCAUACGAGGACCUGACGGCGGAGCAGAGCACGCCACGCUCGGGCCGCCACGACAAGCGCCGCCUCAAGAGGCAGGCCUGCGUGGUGGACAGUAAAGAGACCCAGUGCUGAGGGAACAUGUGUUUGUAGAUGUACGCACGUACAGGCAGACCUACGCACGUACACAGGCACACUCACAAUUGUACAUGAGGGAACAUGCGAGCACACAGUCCAGAAUAGAUACAGUAUGUAGGUACAUGCAUACAGACACUCAUGUAUAUCCAUGCACAUAAUAGAUUACACUAUAAUAGAUGCUGGUAACUGCCAAAAUAAAGGAAACACUUGAGUAAAUGAGGGAUACAAAGUAUAGUGAGAGCAGGUGCUUCCACACAGGUCUGGUCCUGUGUUAAUUAAGCAAUUCAAUGUAUAAAAAUGCCCAGUUUCCAAUUAUUUUGGCUACCAUGGCUAGAAGAAAUCUCAGUGACUUUGAAAGAGGGGUCUCAAAAGAGCAAAGGCGGUGUGUGCGUCACCAGAUCUCAACCCAAUUGAAAACUUAAAGGGAAAUUCUGGAGUGGCGCCUGAGACGGCGGUUUUUCCACCACCAUCAACAAAACACCAAAUUAUGUAAUUUCUUGUGAAAGACUUGUAUCCAUACAAUAAAAUCCCAGACACUUAUAUACUAAGGCGCAUUGAAGCUGACCUAGCGGCUCGUGGGUUGGCCCAACAUCCUAUCAAGACCUUGUUGGUGUUUCUUUUAGUUUGGCAGAUACCUCUACAUGACUAAACAUUGCACACAAACACCCACUCAUAGACUAAAACUUGUUACACAGCACUGGCAGCAACACAGUAUCGAGCAGGACUCUUAAGGGGCUGCUACAUCUAGAUUCUAUACGGUCAAUUUGGAAGACUUGCGUACAACCAAAAUAGGUGCCUAUCAUGAGUAUAGUAGUGUUCUGACGCCAGUGACUGCUGUUUUAGAAUAGCCUAGAGACCAAAUGAUUUGUGCCUUUUGUUCGUUUCAAGAGUCAAAGCCAAGUGCUUACUUUGGCACCACUCACUCAGAUACAGUCCACAGUCUAGUUUUUGGACAUGUUCUCUCGAAUGACUUGACUGGCAGAAUGGGCUGAUGGAUUAACAGCUGGGCCAGUUGAUAUACAGUGCCUUGCGAAAGUAUUCGGCCCCCUUGAACUUUGCGACCUUUUGCCACAUUUCAGGCUUCAAACAUAAAGAUAUAAAACUGUAU